AUGGCCGCAUUCAGAGACGCCAAUCUACUCAUCGUCUCUCUCUCCACUCAGGCUCAUUCGGUUCAAGUUGGACUGGGCGUCUCUCCUGAAGUCAUUUUGACUCCUUCGAUCACCCUUCCAACAAUCGCUUACCUUAAACCUGAGCUAGCUCAAUCAAACCUACCUAGAAAGUGGACUGAUUACUCGUUCGAACCGCAAUCCGAGCUGGUUCCCAUCCAGAUCUUCUCAACCCCUUCUCAUCAUGGUCCUCAACUCUCGCAAUCGAGCCCACUCGUGACCGAUUGGAAGGCACUCGACGCGCUUUUUCGCUAUUUACUCUUCAAUCGUCUGAAACUCUCCAAGCCACCGGUCGCCCAACAUAUCCUACUCUCAAUCCCCCCCAACUUACCCAGUUCAAUCCGAGAUAAAUUCACGCAAUUAUUUUUCGAGAACUUGCAAGCACCCGCAUUGUUUUUAGGCGAAUCUCCUUUACUUCAACUCCUUGCCUGCAACUACACCAGCGGGAUCACGAUUGAUGUUGGCGCCCGAUCGACUUUGAUCGGUUUUGUUAGCGAUUCAAUCGUUCUCAAUCAAUCUUGCCACUUCUAUCCUAUUGGCGAACAGGAUUGUGAUGACUAUCUCAUCAGCCUACUGCUGAAUGAAAAUCCGGAACUGCCCACUCUACUUGGCUGGAAUCCAGCUAAUCGAGUAGAAGCACUGUACCAUGCUUUAUUGGCUUUCAUUUCGAAUCUCAAAGCUGAUAGCCAUAUUCGCUUCGAGCCGCAGCUCAACACCCUCGCACUCAGCGCCGCGGAUCUACACAGCCAAGAGGAAGAAGAAACGGGAAUAACUGAUGUAGCUCAAGCAAUUGUUAGUGGCAAGGCGGACAAGAUCAUCGGAAGGCAGACAUCAAACAAUUCAUCGCAAGCUGCUAGGAGGCCCAUACAAACGGGCAAACUCGUAGCGGAGAUUCAGAAAGAGACGGAUACCAUCAUCGUCUCCAGUCUAUCUAACGCUCAACAACCAGCAAACCCUAGCGCGCCUCCUAGCCCCUUGCUAGAUUGUCAACCGUCUCAAGCUAUCCCAGUGUCAACCGAAUCUCUCAUACUCCCUCGAGAACAGGCAGGGAUCCGAGUUUCUAAGACCAGGCACCGACAUGCCGAACCACUCUUUGCGCCGGGGUUAUUGAGAUCGAUAGGCCCAGUGUUUUCAAGGUUUGGUUUGGAAAGAUACGCAGCCAGGUAUACCGAAGAACUAAUAUCUGAAGAUGAUACAUUGGUCGAGUCAAUUCAUCGCGGGAUUAGUAAGCUCAUAAGUUUAGAACAGCGGAAAGAUGUAGUUGGUCAGUUUGUUUUGACUGAUGGAAGUGGCUUAAUGUGUCGCACCGAAGGCCUUGGAAUUGCGAUUUCCGCCGAGCUGCAGUCAAGAAAUUCUGGAUUGAAUUCAGUUCCACAAUCCGGUACUCAAGGUGAUGGUAUAUUUAAACCAUUAAAGGUACCCGAAUACUUUUCAGAAUUCAAAGGGAAGCCAGAAUACCUUGGUUUCUUGGGUGGAUGCAUUGUUGGGAAAUUGGUCUUCAACGAUGCCAGCUCAACGAAACUGUGGAUGUCGAAGCCUGAUUAUAACAAGGAAGGACCUUACAUCUCACGGAAAUUAUCUGGACUCCAAUCUGCUUCUUGA